GCUAUGACACUCUCUAGCUCUGACCUCCCAGAGGCUGUAAUAAAUCCUUUUGACCAAUUAGUUUUCGACUGUCAGAAUAGCCCGAAUAAAAUCCAAGCCCGAUACGAAACCCAUCGGACAAACAGAAACGCCCAAUCCAGAGAGAAACUCCUCCAUGAAAAAUUUCCCGGCUGGAAUAUUGACGAAAUUCUGAGCAAACUAGUCGAACAGUCUAAAGCGCCAACUGAAGAUGUCUUUGCCGACCACCGGCACAAUCUCAAUCUCUACGCUCGACCGCCAAAACAUAUCAAGGAAUUAGUUGCUGAGCUCCAACAUGAGAUCCGCGAUGUUGCGCCUACGAUCUGGUUCUCACCACUAGAAUCUCUGCACAUCACAACACUGGAGAUCGCCAGUUCACGUACCCAAGAAGAAAUAAACGCUCUAGCUGCACAGCUCUUACAAGACGGGACCGCGCUAAAGCUCGUCAACUACCCAUCUGAGCACCACCGUGCACGCCUCGUCAAGCCAAUUCUUAGCUAUGAUGCCUCAGCAAUGGCGUUGAGUUUCUUGCCUGCCGCUGACGAGCCUACAGCAACAAGUGGCACCACUGAUAAAAAACAGUAUGAUGAUUCAUACACUUACCACAAUCUACGCCGAGACCUGGCGGCUCAGGUUCUCCGCUCUGGAAUUGGCUUGGCGGCGAGAUAUGUUGUGCCCUCAGCGCAUGUUACGAUUGCGAGAUUUAUCAGUCAAGAUGGGUUUUUGCGAGAUGGUGAGGCAAUAGACAAGGAUAGAGUGGUUGCAUUGGUGGAGAGGAUAGAGAAAAUUAAUGUGAUGUUGAGGGAGAGAUAUUGGCCGGGAGGAAGUGAAGUUCAAGAUAUGCCGGUGAAGGGAGAGUGGGUUAUUGGGCAGGAGCAAGGGCUGGAGCUUAAUAAGGGAACGUCAUGGUAUGGGGGCGGGGAGAAAGUGCUUAUUGGG